GCUCAGCAAGUGUCUCCUUAGUAUUUCCUGGUGUGUUCAAAUGAAAUGUCUGAAACACUCAAUGUAAACUCUUACUGUCAGAUGUAAAUGUCUGAUUGCUCCUCCAACAUGAUCUACAGGACAUUCUUUUGGUGGCUCUUAUAUGUCACAUUGAUGUUGUUUGACACUCACAGAGCUCAGAAAUGUGAUGAGAUGACAGACCUUAACUUUAAAGACUCCCUCGCCGGUACAUCUUUGAAAGUUAGACUGCUGCUUUACACACGAGCCGAUCCAUCCUGCGGUCAGCUGCUUUCUCACCAGGAGCCUUUGAGUAAUUCUCACUUCAAUGUCAGCUCCGUUACCACCUUCCUCAUCCAUGGGUACCGGCCCACCGGCUCACCCCCAGUUUGGCUGAAACAAUUUGUGGAGUUUCUUCUGAUCCGCCGCGAUAUGAAUGUUAUCGUGGUGGAUUGGAAUCGCGGCGCAACCAACAUGAACUACUGGCAAGUUGUGAAAAAUACACGCAAGGUGGCUAAUAAUCUUACUGACCUCAUCCAAAAAAUGAAGGACAAUGGGGCUAAUCUCAGCUCCAUACACAUGAUAGGUGUCAGUCUGGGAGCCCACAUUUCAGGUUUCACUGGGGCCAACUUUAAUGGCAAAAUUGGUAGAAUAACAGCACUGGAUCCAGCAGGGCCAGAGUUCAACGGUCGGCCCCCUGAGGACCGUUUAGACCCUUCUGAUGCUCAGUUUGUGGAAGCCCUACACACAGACAUGGAUGCAUUAGGCUAUCGAAAUCUUCUGGGUCACAUCGACUACUAUGCCAAUGGAGGGGCAGAUCAGCCAGGAUGUCCCAAAACCAUCCUAUCAGGAUCUGAGUAUUUUAAGUGUGACCACCAGAGGUCAGUGUUUCUCUAUAUGAGUUCCGUGAACGGUUCCUGUCCCAUUACUGCCUACCCCUGUGAAUCCUACACUGACUUCCAAGACGGGAAGUGCAUGGAUUGUGGCAUAUUUAAGUCAGCUGGAUGCCCUAUUUUCGGUUAUGAUUCUAUUAACUGGAGGGAAACUCUGGUGCAGCUUGAACAAACAAGGACAUAUUUUCAAACAAAUAAAGCUCCUCCGUUCUGCAAGGUUGGUUACAAGGUUGAUAUCCUACCAUGGAACCAGAAAACCCACUGGGGAUAUUUGACAAUUAAAUUAUCCAAUGGAAAUGAAGAGACACAAGUCGAACUCAAUCAUAAAUCCUUAAUGUUUGAGAGGUUUGUCGAGACCACUGUCCUGGCUCAGUUUGAGAGAGACAUUCAGCCUGUUAAAAAGAUCACACUGAAGUUCUGCACCGGAAAAGGACUCCGGCCACGCAAGAAACUGCGGCUCCUGCAUAUACGCCUCACUCCUCUACAAAACCACCUCAGGCCUCUGUGUCGCUACGAUCUUCGGCUGGAGGAGAAUAAAGAUGUGACCUUUAAACCCAUUCCUUGUGAAGACUCCAACUUUUGAUUCAGAAGUUCAAACAUGGACAUUACAUAACAAAACCACUGCCUCUUUUAAUCAGUUACUGAAAUAGCUUUCAUAUGUAGUGUUUGACUUGAAAUAAUCUAUAAUUGUUUAUGUUAAGUUAGCAUCAUAUUUUGUUUAAUAAGUUGUCAUCCUUUCAGAAUUUAUAAUUUACUGUGUGUUGUGUUUUUGUUUUCAUCUACAUUUAUAUCUAUGGUAUAUCUAUAUUUGGUUUUUAAUAUUGUAAAUAAAUAUUUUUGUAAGUAUA